UAGACUAUUAAAGUGUAUCAAUGGUAAGUUUCUCUCUCUCUUCUCUCUUUAAUAUCUUUUAGAGAAAGCUAAACUUUCCGAUCAAACCUUUGCCUUCUGGUUUGAUUCGAAGGCUCAUGUUCCUCACAUAGUGGGCUCGUGUCUGGCAUCUCUGACUACUUUAGCGGAGUUGGCUAGCUUUCUUCUGACAGCGAUGGCUUCCUUAGCGUCGUCUUGGUCGGCACCACUCCGGAAGCAGUAGCUUACAUAGUAUCGUCUUGACCGGAUUUCGGGUUUGUCUCCGCCGUUGUUAUGUUUUUCUUCCAGUUGUUUAUUUACUUACAAUAAAUUUUAUUAGGGAUGUGUUGAUAAUAUCGAUUGAAGCGAAUUAUCGCUUAAUGAAGUGUAUUAUUCGAUGCUUUUACUUUUGAGUUUGCAAUUACAGGAAUUGAUUCAUAGCUUUUCAAUGAAUUAUGGACUCUUAUUGGCUUUGAUCAAUUUUUGUAAAAUCUGUGCCGCUGUGUUUUUGGAAUUCGGGAAUCAAUUGUCUUUUGGAAGAUCCUUUCUUUGCAAAUUUGAUGAUGAUGUUUGUUGGGAUUCUCUAAUUAAAAACCGAUGGACUUCUGUGUUUAAAGUUCUAGCUGUUUCCGGUGGCUUUGGAGUUUUCCGGUUGUUGCUGAACAGAUCGGCGAUGAACGGUGACGAAGAAUCAUCUAUCCACGUCUUCAACUUUAUUUGUUAGCAUUCCACGUGGCUUUGCAGUCGGGAAUUAUUUAGCUUACUUCCUUAAAGGAUUAUGUUUCUCGAUUGGGCUUUUCUCGUUGGGCCUAUGGUUAUAAGUUUGUUGGUUUUAGUUUCAUAUGUAUCAAGACCUGUAAUAUUGAGUUUUUACAACACAAGUUAUAAAUAAAAUACAAACACUUUAUGAGAAAAAA